AACCAACGGUUGUUCGUGCCGAAUCCUGCAGUCGACGAUAGCGAAUCUUCUCGAUACCCUCAUUUCUCCGAAACCACACCUUCAAAUCACAGCAAGUCUGUCUGGAUUUUGCGGGCCUGAGAUUAAGCUAGACAGUGGUCGGGGAAGAAGUUGCGCAAUCCCAGGCUGUCACGAUGAAUGCGCAUUUCACAUGACGUCUAUUUGAGCGAAGCGCACCAUGGACGAAACAGAUCCGAUGAACCCUUCGGGGCUCGAGAACGGUCACUCGAGAUCAGGCAACCGCGUGUUGUAUCGCAUGAACUCAAACCAAAGCAACACGAGUAUAUUCGAGAACGUAGAAAUGGCACAUGAUGAGCUCUACUCAGGUCCUAUUGCGGAAAGUCUUCCAACAAGUGUGUCCGCAUUCUCCCAUCGACGACCUCGAGCAGACUCGACAGCGAGCUUCACAUAUUAUCAUGAUGAUUUAGAAGAGUCGCAAAACGAACUCACCUACGGAAACGACGGCUAUGAGGAUGCGAUCUCUGACGACAUUGGCGACUUGGCAUUCGGUGUUGAUGAUGAUGAUUCAUCCGACAUCGAGAGCGGAAGGCAGAGUGGGCACUUCGCACUUCGAAGAAGAUCUUCAACACAAUCGCGUUCGUCCGUUCAUGAUCGACUUCUUCGCACCGAAAGCACUCGAACCACCGAAAGUCAAUAUACCCAUGGACGACAAAGUCAGAAAGUUUACAUGGUCAACGAAGAUCUGACCAUUGUGGUCGCUGGCUUCCGCACAAGUCCUAUCGGAUUAGCACUUUACAUUCUCUUGAGCGUUUCUUCGCUGGGGCUCGCAUGGCUGCUUCUUCGCUGGUUGCCACGAUGGCAUGUCAAGCUCCUCGGCCGCCCAAGUGCUUUGAGCGAAUGUGAUUGGGUUGUCAUUGAGAACCAAUGGGGAGAGCUUUCUAUCAUGAAAGUUGAGAAAAAGCUGUAUGGUCGGCCGAUGUCGACUAUCUUUGGUUCCUCAGAAAAGAUUCCCCUGCUAGACGAAGAGCAUGAUCCAAUCGUUACUGAGCUGCGCAUGCUCAACUACCGAUACGUCCGUCUCUACUUUAACCAGCAGACGGAUCGUUUUAUUCUUUUCAGCGGUUGGAAGGACCCUAACUGGGCUGAUAUCAAAAGCGUCCGCUUGGGACUGGACAGUGACGAAAAGCAUGUCCGCGAGGUUGUGUUCGGUAACAACGACAUCGACAUAGAACAAAAAUCAAUCCCGCGGCUAUUAGUCGACGAAGUAUUCCAUCCUUUCUACGUUUUUCAGAUUGCCAGCCUCAUAUUGUGGUCACUGGAUGAGUAUUACUACUAUGCGAUUGCAAUCUUCCUCAUGUCGUUUGGGAGCAUCACCUCUACCCUAAUCGAAACCCGAGCUACAAUGAAGCGGCUGCGAGAGAUCUCACGUUUUGAGUGUGAUGUGCGCGUGCUUCGCAACGGUUUUUGGCGGUACGUGUCAUCCAACGAGCUCGUGCCUGGCGACAUCUAUGAAGCCAGUGACCCGAAUUUGGCGCAAUUUCCGAGCGACGGGCUUCUUCUCAGCGGCGACUGUAUAGUAAACGAAAGCAUGCUCACUGGUGAAUCGGUGCCGGUCUCCAAAACACCUGCCACUGAGGAAGCCCUUCAGCAGAUGGAUUUAGGCGCACCGACAGUCUUACCAGAAAUCGCAAGGCAUUUCUUGUUCUGCGGCACAAAGAUCAUCCGGGCACGCCGCCCACAAGAUGAUCAAGGCGGUGAUGGCGUUGCACUUGCUCUCGUGGUUCGGACAGGGUUCAGCACCACGAAAGGCUCAUUGGUCCGAUCGAUGCUUUUCCCAAAGACUUCCGGCUUUAAGUUUUACCGAGACUCCUUCCGUUACGUUGGAGUCAUGGCCAUGGUCGCUAUGCUUGGUUUUGUGGUCUCGUUGAUUAAUUUCAUCCGUCUGGACUUGGCUUGGCAUCUGAUCAUAGUCCGAGCCUUAGGGCAUCCAGGGGACCCUAAUUCGCGUCUGCUCUGGGAAAGUAUUGACGACAGCUCGUUACGACUUGACGAGCAUACGUUGCUUCCGCUACCAGCAUCUCAAGAUGUUGACGUGUCCCUGCCUUACAAUAUCACUAACCUUCGAAACUACUCGCUUGCCAUAAGUGGUGAUGCGUUCCGAUGGCUGGUAGACUUUGCCGAACCGCAUGUGCUGCACAGAAUGCUAGUCAACGGCAAAAUAUAUGCCCGUAUGUCGCCUGAUGAGAAACACGAACUUGUUGAGAAACUGCAAAGUAUCGACUAUUGCGUCGGCUUCUGUGGCGACGGCGCCAACGAUUGCGGGGCACUCAAAGCUGCGGACGUCGGGAUCUCCUUGUCCGAAGCCGAGGCGUCUGUUGCCGCUCCCUUUACCAGCCGAAACUUCGACAUAGCGUGCUGUCCUGAGGGACGAGCGGCACUUGUCACCAGCUUCAGUUGUUUCAAGUAUAUGAGCCUGUACUCCGCAAUUCAAUUCACAUCGGUUAGCUUCCUUUACGCGACUGCAUCCAAUCUAGGAGACUUUCAGUUUUUAUUCAUUGACCUUCUCUUAAUUCUCCCCAUCGCCAUCUUUAUGGGGUGGGCUGGACCGUACCCCGUUUUAUACAAGAAACGUCCUACGGCAAACCUGGUUUCGCGGAAGGUCCUAAUUCCUCUGUUAGGCCAAAUGCUCAUCUGCAUCGCCAUUCAAGCGACAGUAUACAUCGCCGUUCGAGAGCAACCUUGGUACAUCCCUCCGAAGGUCAGGCAUGAUAAGUCAAACAUCAAGAAUUCAGAGAACACUGUAUUGUUCCUGGUGUCAUGUUUUGAGUAUAUCCUUGCUGGCGUCGUUCUCAACGCAGGACCACCCUUCCGGCAGAAGGCAUUGAAGAACUGGCCUUUCUUGGCUACGAUAGCCAUAACGUUGCUUCUCACGCUUUACAUGAUCAUGAGCCCAGCCCAUUGGGUGGCACACCUGAUGCAAUUGACAUCAACGAGCGGAGACUUUCAGCUUUUUCUCGUUGGCUUGGGUGCAUCUUAUCUAGUGUGUGCCUGGGUAGCGGAGAAGCUCGUGUUCCAACAGCUAGCGCGAGCCGUUGGGCGCCUCAAACAGAGGCUCACACGGCAGCCUAAGAAGCGCAAAUUGUACAAGACAAUACUGGAGGAGAUGCGCAUAGAUAGUCUCUCCACUGUAUAGAUGCGGCCGCAGGCAUGUUUUCAAGACUGGCCGUAGACUGUAUGACAGUACCGCGGUACCUACCAGGCGGGUGACCAAAAUAAAAGCCACACUCCUG